AGUUGUUUCAUUAGCAUACGGGAAACAUGCAAAAAUGACAUUUAUGUGCUUCGAUGUACUAAUUUUUGGUUGUUUUGGGUAUCUAGCGGCCGAACAAAAUGUCCUAGGACUACGAAUCUUUCAUCAGAUUGUAUCUACCGGACGAACAAAAUGUCCUUGGACAACGAUUCUUUCAUCAGAUUGUAUCUACCGGACGAACAAAAUGUCCUUGGAUAACGAUUCUUUCAUCAGAUUGUAUCUACCGGACGAACAAAAUGUCCUUGGACAACGAUUCUUUCAUCAGAUUUUGUUUAAGGUAUCUAGCGGGCGAACAAAAUGUCCUAGAGCAGCAAUUCUUUCAUCAGAUUGUAUCUAGCGGGCGAACAAAAUGUCUUGGGACAACGAUUCUUUUAUCAGAUUUUGUUUUAGGUAUCUAGCGGGCGAACAAAAUGUCCUAGAGCAACAAUUCUUUCAUCAGAUUGUGUCUAGCAGCCAAACAAAUUGUCCCAGGACACCGAUUUUUCUAUAAAAUUGUGUUUAGCGGGCGGACGAAAUGUCUUAGGACAAUGGUUCUAUCAGGAGAUUGUAAGUAUUGAAAUUGUUUGUCAUUUACAUAAAUAAUUUCCAUUGUUCAUACAAUGGGGAGUCAAUUAAAUUGCUUAUUUUAUA